AUGGCAGAAGAUCUGAAGCUGAUGAGGACAUGGUCAAGUCCUUAUGCUUUGAGGGUGGUACAUGCUUUGAAGAUUAAAGGCUUGGAGUACGAAACGGUACUGGAGGAUAUGACAAAAAAAAGUGCUUCACUCCUCGAGUACAAUCCUGUGCACAAGAAGGUCCCCGUUCUCCUGCACAAUGGAAGGCCAGUUUGUGAGUCCCUAGUGAUUCUUGAAUACAUCGAUGAUGUGUGGAAGCAGCCUCCUCUUCUUCCCCAAGAUCCUAAUGAGAAAGCCAUGGCUCGGUUUUGGGCCAAUUUCGGAGAUGACAAGGUUAUGCCAUUGACAUGGAGGGUCUUCACCUCUGAGGGAAAAGACCAAGAGGAAGCUAUUGGUCCAAUGAUGGAGAAUCUGAAAUUCCUAGAAGAGCAGCUAAAAGGUAAGAGUUUUUUUGGAGGGGAGGCCAUUGGCUAUACUGAUAUUGCAUUUGGGUGGAUGGGCAACUUGAUCAGCAUACUGGAAGAGAUAAUUGACCUGAAAUUAGUAGAUGAAGAGAAAUUCCCACUAUUAUCAGUAUGGAUUAAUAAGUUCUCUGAUGAUCCGGUUAUAAAAGAGUGCUGGCCACCUCGAGACAAGAUGGUUGAGAAAUUUAAGGUCAUUCGGGAACGCUACCUCAAACAAGCUCCUUGAAACAGAACUAAGUUUUUCAGUUUAUAAUAUUAUUCACAGUUUCACUUAAUAAUAGUUGAUGUUGUCCUAUGAAAUAAAGAUCGACAAAAAAAUUAUUUCAGAUGUUGCAUCUAAUAAGUCAUG